AAUAAAACUUGUCAGUUGUGAGUUGUUACUGCUGUCAGUGUUGUUGUAUAUCUUGUGUUAGUAAUUAAUUUGACGAACUAAUAAUUUUUACUAUUCCUGACCAUUAGCAUAUACAAAUAAAACUUUAAAAAUGUAUUUAAGAUAUUACUUAAAUGAGAAUGGGGAUAGGCAGUACACUUUGGCGACUAUCGAUCCAUCAGGCAAGCCUACUUUGUCGGCACAUCCAGCCCGCUUCUCACCAGAAGACAAAUAUUCCAGACAAAGAAUAACAAUAAAGAAGAGAUUUGGCUUGCUCAUCACCCAGCAACCAGAGCCAAUUCAUUAAGUAUUUUAAGUGAUUUAUUAUUUAAGCCAAUAUAAUUAGGUUAAAACAAA